GCCACGAGAAGUGCACGUUCCACCACGACCUGGAGCUGGACCACAGGCCGCCCACCAGGGAGGCGCUGCUGCCCGACAUGUCCCGCAGCUACCGCCUCCUGCUGUCCUCGCUCGGCGAGAACCCCGACCGCCAGGGGCUCAUCAAGACCCCCGAGCGGGCCGCCAAGGCCAUGCUCUUCUUCACCAAGGGCUACGACCAGAGCCUCGAGGAGGUGCUCAACGACGCCGUGUUCGAUGAGGAUCACGACGAGAUGGUGGUCGUCAAGGACAUUGAGAUGUUCUCCAUGUGCGAGCAUCACCUGGUGCCCUUCUACGGCAAGGUGUCCAUCGGCUACCUGCCCCAGAAGAAGAUCCUGGGUCUCAGCAAGCUGGCCAGGAUCGUGGAGAUCUACAGCAGGCGACUCCAGGUGCAGGAGCGUCUCACCAAGCAGAUCGCCAUCGCCGUGACCAAGGCCGUCCAGCCUGCCGGUGUGGCCGUCGUUGUAGAGGGAGUGCACAUGUGCAUGGUGAUGCGUGGUGUGCAGAAGAUCAACAGCAAGACAGUCACCUCCACCAUGCUGGGCGUCUUCAGGGACGACCCCAAGACCCGCGAGGAGUUCCUCAACCUGGUGCACUCCAAGUAGAGCGUUCUUGGACUAGUUGGACUCAACCCGCCCCUCCCCUUCGUCGCCUUGCCUCUUCGCAGCGGUUGGGGCGGAGACACUCUGGCACUUCGCGUUUGACUGUUUCUUUCUUGUUUUAUUGUGUUCAUUGCUAGGCACUUUGUGAUUGUGAGAGAAACGGUGAGCGGUUUUGAUUUUGCGAUCUUCCCCGUGCUGGGCGGGGACCCUUUUCUCUCCUGCCUUUUAAAGUAACAAUAGAUUAUCUUAUUUUGUGUGUAAUUAUUAUAACUGUGCACAUUACUUUUGUUCAACUUUCUCUCGUGAUAGGAGCUUUCCUUGCUGUUUGUAAAGUAUUUCAAAGUACCCCCAUACUGUCCCUGCCCAUGGAUUGUUUGUGUUGUCCUGUGUUCAAAUAAGCGCCAUCAGUAUUUUAUUGUGUUAGCCGUGUUUAACAUAGUGUAAAUGUGUUUGCAAGCUUCCUAUCCGUUACCAUUUUGUUCCCUUCAUUAACUCCUGUGAGAAAGUUGAUUAUUUUUGUGUUCAUUCUUUGUGUUAUUAUCAGCUUAUUGCAUAGUAUUUGCUAUGCAUAAAUUUAAGGUAACAGAUGUUGAUGAGCUUUGGUUGGCCUUCUGGGCUAGAAAGUGCAUGUAUGUGCCAUAAGAUUUACAUUUGUUGCUGGCAACAACCGAAGAAAAAUGCUAUUUUUGGAAGUUUUUAAAGUCUCUGGAAAUGCAACCUUAAAAAAUGGAGAGUUGAUAGGUGUUUUGAUUCCACUUCCCAAAUUUCAAACUAUCUGCUUCUGUACAACACUAGUUAGUUCUAAACAAAUUUUAAUCUCUCUUAUACCCUUGCUAGCUUAAAAGUCCCAGUAGUUGGUAUCUAAAAACAAACAAUAAAAAACACUGUGGAAUGACCUGUGAUGCACCAUAGAGCAAGAAAUGUCUUUUGAGAGUGAGCGGGACCAUAUGCGCUAACUUAGUAUUUCCCAGUGAGUUUUCUUUUGCAGCUAGAUAUGUAAACUCGCUUAUUUUACCUUUAGAAUAAGUAGUUUUAAGAUAUGUCUUAUUGUUAAAUUCCAAGAUUUGGAAUGUUUUUGUAUGUGAAUUUUAAAAAAAGGACGAAGAUCCAUCUUGAAUAACUAUGCUUCUUUCAUUCCAUAAAUAAGGCAUAACUAAAAGCACUUUGGCAUUCAGUUUGACAAUAAGAUGACAGCUUUAUACGUUUAAAAACUAUACUCUUGACAAUAUUGAUUCUGAAAGCCUUACAUAAUACAACAAUGAAGAAAGCUGAAGAAUUUUGAAAUGUUUAAAAAGAUAAAGUUGUUGGUUGUUAUAAGAUUUUAAAUUGAUUUUAAGGACCAUACACUACUUGUUUGGUCUCAUAUCUUGCCUGUUUACAAAUUCAGAUUAUUUUAUUGAAUAAAGUAUAUUUAUGAGAACA